AUGAUGCAGCAUUUAGACAUGGCUCUACUGUCGGCAUUUGUGGAGAGGUGGCAGCCGGACACAAACACCUUCCACAUGCCGUUUGGAGAGAUUUCGAUCCUUCUACACGAUGUGCAUCACAUUCUUCGGAUACCGGUUGACGGAGAGCUGAUGGGAGAUGAGGCGUCGCAGGAUACUCUUAAGUCAGACAUGGGUGGUCUAGUUCGACUUUCGGUGGAUGCUCAGGUUGGUGGUAAGUGGAAGUCGAAGUGGUACGAUAAUGGUGCUAUGCAUGCAGAGGGAUUGUUGGUGCGUGGGGGAGAGCUGAAGAUUAAGGAGAUGGAGGUGCAGUGUUACCUAUUUGUGUUGCUGGGAUCCACGCUUUUUGUGGAUAAGAGUCGUGAUCGCCUUCGUCCUGCGAUCAACUUGUUUCUGAAGGAUCAUCGACGAUUGGCUGAUUACGCUUGGGGAGCUGGUGCACUAGCCUAUCUCUACAGACAGUUGGGAGUGGCCACACGAGCGGGUAGUAAGGGUCUUUGUGGUUGUUUGACCCUGCUUCAGGCUUGGAUAUAUGAGUACUUUCCUCUUUUCCGUCCGAGCCAGCUGCCACAGUCUCCGGAUGCACCUCGUGCUUCCUCGUGGAUUUCUCCCCGUUUGCCAGGUGGGGAUGAGGCUAGACAGAGGUUAGUACGUUAUCGACAGUUGUUGGAUGAGCUUUCAGCUGAUGAUGUGACCUGGACUCCGUACGGACGAGAUGGCCACACAGAUAUACCCCGCUCCUUGUAUACUGGCCCCAUUCGCUUUUCUGACAUUGCUGAGGGAUACGAUCCUUCACGUUGUCUGCGCCAGUUUGGAUACCGACAGAUUAUCCCCGCUGCUAUGACGGUACCACAUGACCAUUACCGUCCGGCUUCCGGCAGCAGUUACAUAGUCUUUUGGGAUCCGUGGGUGAAUCAGUUGUGGAAUAACGUGGCAGCUCGUCGUCUAGAGUUGGAUUUUGCUUCUCGGCCGUGCGAGCAGCCAUCGGAGAUCGUGGAGGAGUACGUUGACUGGUUUCUGACUAGAUCGCACCCACGGAUCACCCACCCCACUGAUGAGGAGCCUCAGCCUCGACCACUACUAGUUCAUCAGGUUAGUUAUGACUUUCUUUUGCUUUUCCAAAUAUAA